GCGAGAGCGGGGCCGCGGCGCGGGCGCCCCGCCGUCCCCCGCGGGAAGCGGCAGCCCCGGCGCGCAGGGCCGCGGAGCGCCCCCGCCCCCCGCGCCGCUCCCCCUUUGAAAACUGAUCUUUGGCUCUUCGCGUGAAAGUGAUUUGAAUUUGGCUCGGCGGCGCUCUGCGCAGGCGUCCAGCUGCUGGCAUGCUGGCUCCUUGCAAAGCAGCUGUUUUGGGUUUGAAAUUCCAACAUGGCAGAGGCUGCAGUCAGUCUUCCCUUCAAAAACUUGGAAUGAUUUCAAAUCAUAGGCACCUUCACUUAACCCGAGCCCCCAUUCAUCAGCAAACACAUCGGAUCGAUGCUACUCUAACCUAUCGGGUUCUUGUACCAAAUCUCCAGCUUCAUCUUAAGAAGGAUGGAAUUGAGGAAGAGAGACUAAAGGAUUCAUCUUGGGGCUUGAAGAUGCAGUGGACGCCGGAGCAUGCCCAGUGGCCAGAACAGCACUUUGAUAUCACUUCAACCACCCGGUCCCCUGCCCACAAGGUGGAAGCCUACCGGGGGCACCUGCAGCGCACCUACCAGUACGCCUGGGCCAAUGAUGACAUCUCGGCUCUGACCGCCUCCAAUCUUCUGAAAAAGUAUGCAGAAAAAUACUCCGGUAUUUUGGAAGGCCCAGCCGAGCGGCCCAUUCUCAGCAAUUACUCUGAAGCUCCCUCGGGGCUGGUGAACGGGCGCAAGAAUGAAAGCGAGCCCUGGCAGCCGUCGCUGAACUCGGAGAGCGUGUAUCCCAUGAACUGCGUCCCAGACGUUAUCACUGCCAGCAAAGCUGGGGUAAGUGCAGCCCUCCCUCCCGCAGAUGUCUCGGCCAGCAUCGGGAGCUCUCCUGGGGUGGCCAGUAACCUGGCUGAACCCAGUUACUCCAGCAGCACCUGCGGAAGUCACACCGUUCCCAGUCUUCAUUCAGGGCUCCCAUCUCAGGAAUAUGCCGCAGGAUACAAUGGCUCGUACUUGCAUACCAGUUACAGCGGCCAGCCAGCACCUGCACUUCCAUCCCCUCAUCCAUCCCCCCUGCAUAGCUCGGGACUUUUACAGCCCCCCCCACCGCCGCCACCACCAGCCCUCGUCCCCGGCUACAACGGGACCUCUAACCUCUCCAGUUACAGCUACCCUUCCGCCACUUACCCUCCUCAAACCGCUGUUGGCCCCGGGUACAGCCCUGGGGGUGCCCCGCCACCCUCGGCGUACCUGCCUUCAGGAAUCCCUGCUCCGACCCCUCUGCCCCCCACCACCGUCCCCAGCUACUCCUACCAGGGCCACGGUCUGACGCCCAUUGCGCCGUCUGCCCUGACAAACAGUUCAGCCAGCUCUCUCAAAAGGAAAGCUUUCUACAUGGCAGGGCAAGGAGAAAUGGACUCCAGUUAUGGAAAUUACAGCUAUGGCCAACAGAGAUCUACACAGAGUCCCAUGUAUCGAAUGCCCGACAACAGCAUUUCAAAUGCGAACAGGGGGAAUGGUUUUGACAGAAGUGCUGAAACAUCAUCCUUAGCGUUUAAGCCAACAAAGCAGCUAAUGUCCUCUGAACAGCAAAGGAAAUUCAGCAGCCAGUCCGGUAGGGCUCUAACACCCCCAUCCUAUAGUACUGCUAAAAACUCACUGGGUUCGAGAUCAAGUGACUCGUUUGGGAAGUAUACCUCCCCAGUAAUGAAUGAGCAUGGUGAUGAGCACAGGCAGCUCCUCCCUCACCCAAUGCAAGGCCCGGGACUUCGUGCAGCUACCUCAUCCAACCACUCUGUGGACGAGCAACUGAAGAAUACUGACACACACCUCAUUGACCUUGUUACCAAUGAGAUUAUCAACCAAGGACCUCCUGUGGACUGGAGCGACAUUGCUGGCCUAGAUCUAGUAAAGGCCGUCAUUAAGGAGGAGGUUUUAUGGCCAGUAUUGAGGUCAGAUGCAUUCAAUGGACUGACUGCUCUACCUCGGAGCAUCCUUUUAUUUGGACCUCGGGGAACAGGCAAAACGUUAAUGGGCAGAUGUAUAGCUAGUCAGCUGGGGGCCACGUUUUUCAAAAUCACUGGCUCUGGCCUUGUCACAAAGUGGUUAGGGGAAGGAGAAAAAAUUGUCCACGCCUCCUUUCUCGUGGCAAGGUGUCGCCAACCCUCGGUGAUUUUUGUUAGUGACAUUGAUAUGCUCCUUUCCUCUCAAGUGAGUGAAGAACACAGUCCAGUAAGUCGGAUGAGAACCGAGUUCCUUAUGCAGCUGGACACUGUACUGACUUCUGCUGAGGACCAAAUAGUAGUAAUUUGCGCCACGAGUAAACCGGAAGAAAUUGAUGAAUCUCUUCGAAGGUACUUCAUGAAACGACUUUUAAUCCCACUUCCUGACAGCACAGCGAGACACCAGAUAAUAGUACAACUGCUCUCACAGCACAAUUACUGUCUCAAUGACAAGGAGGUUGCACUGCUUGUCCAGCGCACAGAAGGCUUUUCUGGACUAGAUGUGGCUCACUUGUGUCAGGAAGCCGUGGUGGGCCCACUCCACGCCAUGCCAGCCACAGACCUUUCAGCCAUUAUGCCCAGCCAGUUGAGGCCAGUUACAUAUCAAGACUUUGAAAACGCUUUCUGCAAGAUACAGCCUAGCAUAUCUCAAAAAGAGCUUGAUACAUAUGUUGAAUGGAACAAAAUGUUUGGUUGCAGUCAGUGAUACUACUUUAAAAAAAAAAAAAAAGUAAUGAAUGUUGGCACACACAGAACCUGCUACAUAGGGUAGAGAACCCUUUUCAGUAGUGUUAAAAUUGCAAAGGGUACUGGGAAGACUACAAUUUACCUUGCCUCUAAAGAGCCAGGGUAGACUUGAAGGAAAAGUGCAUCAAACAAGAGCUGCUGAUCUGAAAAAGCCACACAUGACAGAAAGCGCAUGUUGAUGCUCAGUUCUGUUCAAGCUAGACAAUACUCACCAAGGAGCAAGGUGCAAGUGGGUUGAUUUCAGAAGGACAUGAACCCUGUGUGUUGAUUCCAUUCUGCUGUUCUUGAGAUUUAGUUGCUGUCAAGUGCCUGAAGUGGUGCUUUAUUUUUUGUUUGCCUCACAAUUACAUUGGUGGCAUGUGCUAAUAUAAAGAGCUUUAACUUCAAACAUUAUUGGACUAAAGAGAUGAACGGUUGUGUUGUGACAGAGAACCAGAUUUUUGCUAUUCUAAGAGCAACAGUAUUCCUCAAUCCUGUCUGUUCUGCGGUGUUAAACUAAGAACAGGUAAAACAGGGUAAUGGUAAUCUGGACCUUAAUUUCUGCAGUUCAUUUCUUUUAAUGUUCUGUCUGCAAAAACUCAGGAAAGUGAUUGUGAUUUGUACAGUACCUCAAAGGAAUGUGUUGAAAGCACUAUGUACUGCUGAGAGUUAUAGGCUAGGCUUCAAUGUUACUUUAUAUUAAAUAUGUAUGUUUACCUCAACAAUUGGAAAAUGGCAAGGAAAAUUACUUUGAAUGUAUCCAGGAAAAAACUAAAGUGUGAUAUGACUGAAGCUUUACAGUUUUAAAAAUAGAAACAGAAAGAUUUCCCAGCGUUCAGAAAUGGUUCUUUUGCCAAUUUGUCAGAUCAAACCAGAGCAGAGUGAUUUUUCUUGUUGGUAAACUGUAAGAGUUUUCAGCAUAUCGCUCCUUGAUAAUUACGUGAUACAGACUUUAGAAGGUGCAUAGAUGAAAAAGAGCCACUUAAUUGGUUUACGUUAGCAUCUGAAACAGUCAAACGUAAGAUUUGGUAGGACUCCGAGAGGCAAAUUACCUUAAGCUGUGACUGCUGGCCUUUGUUACGCAGCUCUAGUCAUAGUUUUGAGGUUAUUUUGGUGAAGCUGUAGGGAGUGGGAUCAGUAUAGGUCGCUGGCAGAGCUAUGGGUUGCAGAGCUGUUUAUAGCAACGCAGUGGACUGUGACCAAACAAACAGUACAAAUAACAAAGCAAAACUGAACCCUCAAAGUACAUUUAUUUCCCUUCCCAAACUGUAAAGUUGAGUUUUUGUUAUGUACGUACGGCUCCAUUGUCCUUAAUGCAAUCUUCAUUUAGCAUCCAUUAGAAAUCUUCCAGGCUGGAGUGUGCCCACCAUUAUUUCUACCUCAGUUUUGUUACAUUUCUCUUGGAAAGCAAAGUAAGAAAUAGGGCAAAAACCAAUACCAACACAAAAGUCAGAUUACAUUAGGAAUGCGAACCUGCUAAACAAGUUUCAGAGAGCUGCUGUGUUUUUUCCCCCUGAAGUCAAGUUUUUCUCUAUGUUAGUGGUCUUUACAGCGCCCCCCCCCCCCCCCCCCCGCCCCGCUUUCCUUCCCCAAAUAUACAUAUUCUGGUGUCUUCCUUCUGGAAAGACUAGCUGGCAUGUGUGGCAUUUUGCUCAGUUCUCCCCCACCGCCCCACCUUUCUUUUUAUCCUUUAAUGCUUUCCGUGCAACUCUUUUGGUGACAGCUGACUGAUGUUGGGUAAUGUCUCUGAGCAGGAGCAGUGCAUGUUGCAGCUGCCCAAAGCCUCUGCCAUCACAUGAACAAAAUAGCCUUGCUUUUUUGAAUGUAUUUUUUGUUUGUUUACUUUAAAGAGUAACAAAACUGUUGCAAAGCACUGGCAUUUAAUGUUUCUGUUAAGUAAUGUACAUUCAAAACCAUUAAAUAAAUGCACUGAAAAGCCCCAAGAAGAGAGAUACCAAUCUGUUACUAGGUCAUGUUUGUCUUCUCAAAAAUUGUACAGACCUUGUCCGUUUUGUUAAAUCAAUGGAGACAUUUAGUGUUCAGAAAGCUAAUGAGGGAUUUUGUGAUAUUGCUGGAAAUUUAUGACUCUUGAUUAUUACUUUCCUUUAUUUUUCUUUUAAGAUAUAUAUAUAUAUUUAGAUAGAACGUGCUAAAAACAGAGCAAAUAAACCAAAAUCUAAUUUAAGAUGAAUUCCUGGCAAACAUUUUGUCUAUCUAAAACUUUAUGUUUUAAGCAUAAAAGUACCAUUUUAAAAACAGUGCCUUUCAUUAAGGAUAUAGAAAGUAAGACUUAAAUACAUCACCUGCUUUUGUUUUCUUUUUUUUUUUUUUUUUUCUUUUCUUUUUCUUUUUCUUUUCAACAGCAAUUACAGUCUAUGGUCCUUGUUAUGACCCGGUCUUUCUGCUUCCCCAAACCUCCACAGGCUGCUUCUUCACCCCGGUCAUUCCACCAUCCUCAUGUUUGGGAGAUUCUGAUGUCCCCAUUAGCUGUAGGUUCACGCUGAUCACACUGGCAAGUACACUAUUGCAGAUCGCUGACCCAAUUUCUGUCUUAGACAUUGGCUUUCAUAUCUGCCAUUGAGCUGCGCUCAUCUGAAAGGCUUAGGCAAGUUUUGAUAAACCAACUCUUGUAAACUGUUUCUCCUAACCAUACUCCUAACAGAUAUUUUUUUUGCAGCUGGUAAAAUGAAAGCUACCCACUAGAGUGGCUUUUUCACUCUUUUUAUCCAGUAGCAAAACCAAAAGCAAGCAAAAUUGUAGAUGGUCCCUUUGGCUUCCAGCUUUAAAUCAUUCUCUUUAAAAAGUCACUCUGGGAAAUGGAUUUUUCAAAUGUUAACCAAAGUGAGAAGCAGGCAGAAACUGAGAUGGUGUGAAAAUGCAGGUUCCACGCGUGCGCACGCACACACACACGCUGACGCGGGUUCGCUCCAGGGCUCAAUUCAGCUUUGGGGCAGCAGAAGCAGAAAGCUUCAGCCCUACCACAGCAGCUGUAAGGAGAGGAAAACAGAGCCAGAUUGUUGCCCACAUCUUUCCUUAGCAGCAGCUGUCUGGCAUUGCUCUGGGAGGGUGCCUGUUGAAUUUGGUGAGACCUUGGCCAGGUACUGUUAACCGAAGGCGCCUCAGCCCUUCUGCAAGUGGCUUCUGGCCGCUCCUUUGAUGAAAUUUCCCCGGUUUGGGUGGGCUGAGCUGGCUGAACCCUCUGCCAUGUCCUGUCCUUCUCAUCACUUUCCUCCCUUCCCCCACAUUCAGCCCCUGUUUUCUCCCUAGUGAACAGGUUUUGGCAUGCUGCUGGUCCUUCACCCCCUCAGCAGCCUUCAUGUAAAGGAGUGUCCAGGAAGGGCUGAAGCACAAUCCUGAACUUGAGCGGGUCCCAAAGGUUAAGAUUGUUUUUGAGAAGAGAGACAAAAUAUGUUCUAAUGGUGUCUUCAGGAUGAAAUACUUGCUGGUCUUUGACAUUUCCAUGGUAGAAAGCCGUUUGCUGUUUUUUACAACUGGGCAAAGCUGGGGGCCGCUGCCACAGAAAUGCCCAAGUGGUGGCAGCCCUGGAUAGUAAGGAACCUGAAAUGGUUAAAGAGCAUCUGCUGUGUCAGCCUAUCGCCGCAGAUGCUUCACGUUGUAUUUUUAUGUGUAGAUCCCAUUCUGCAUCAGCUCAUUUUCUUCCUUGUACCUUCAGUAGCAAUUCCUACGGCAACAAAAGUAAAAUAAAUUGGAGGAAUAUUUCUGCAAGCUGAAGGAUCAAUAUCAAUUCAAGGAGGAGUUCAUAAUGACCUUAUGUGAGACAGAAAUGGAAAUACUCUAUACUUCUGGCAUGUUUCUCUCCAAAAUAUUUAGAACAUUAGUGACAAUAUAGAAAAGUUUGCUGACUGAGCUGAUCAAUGGAAUGUGAAGGCAGUUUACUUUAAGGCUAUUUACUUUCACAUGGAUUAUUUACCUAUUAGUCAGUUUGUAUUCUACUGAAAUGCAGAUAGAUGGGCAAAAUGUUUUCUUGAGCAUUACAAACCUACCAAAGGGAAAAUAAACCAUCUGACUAAAAUACAUAGGCCAAACACCAUCUGGGUGUCUUUAUCAGCUAUUUGGAGGCUGUGCUCUGUAAAAUAGCACAAGGUCAUAUGUAGGUGGUUUUUCAUGGGAUGUUUCUUUAGGGGAUCGUCUAGUCAAAAAGAUACAAAUUAAUUCCUGCAUCAAGAUGUUAAUAUAUUGAAAGUGAAUUUGGGGAUCUGACCAGGGUUUUCACUGUCUGCAAAUACGUAUGACUUCAGGUAAAGGGCUGUUCUUAUAACCCCCCUGCAUUUUUCUCUGAAGCACUCCGUCAUGAGGGAGAGUGCAUUACGCAGAUGUGAAGGAUACGCUUUGUCACAAAACAAGGCCGCCAAAAGUUGUAGGGCCUCCUACCCUUUCACUUACGCCAAUCUGAAGGUGGUAUAACCUUGUUGACUUAAUGGAAUUAUUCCUGAUUUCUGCCCUUGUUAGAAAAGUCAUCACUCCAAUGUAUAAUAAUCUGUGUCUGUUGGUUUUCAUCAGCUCUGAAAGCUAACCUUGUCCUCACAGCACUAACUCCUUUCCAUCUUGUAUGUGUGCAUGUGUGUAUAUAAUAUUUAUAUGUGCAUACACACCAUGUCCAAACAAUAGCUUUGUCUCUUUACUAAAAAAAAAAGUCAUUUAAUCACCUGCAGAUUUAUAUGAAGCACAUUAGUAAACAUGGAGAUACUAGUAUUUCAGAAUUCAGAAAAAGCCCAGCUGUGCUGGUGACUAACCAAUACAUGAACUGAAGCUCACACUCUGCAAGGACCUUU